GCGCGGCGUGGGCGCGGGGCCGGCCGAGCUGCGGGUCCGCGUGCGGCUGCCCGACGGCCAGGUGACCGAGGAGACCCUGCAGGCGGACAGCGACGCCGACAGCAUCACCCUGGAGCUGCGCAAGCCCGAUGGCACCCUGGUCUCCUUUACCGCCGACUUCAAGAAGGAUGUGAAAAUCUUCCGAGCCCUGAUCCUGGGGGAGCUGGAGAAGGGGCAGAGUCAGUUCCAGGCCCUCUGCUUCGUCACCCGGCUGCACCGCAACGAGAUCAUCCCCAGUGAGGCCAUGGCCAAGCUUCGGCAGAAAAACCCGCGGGCAGUGCGGCAGGCUGAGGACGUGCGGGCCCCGGAACAGCUACACAUGGACAUCGCUGUGAACUUCACCCAGGGGGGCCUGCUGAGCCCCCAUCUCCACAAUGUGUGCGCCGAGGCUGCAGACGCCAUCUACACCCGCCAGGAGGAUGUCCGGUUCUGGCUGGAGCAAGGUGUGGACGGCUCUGUGUUUGAGGCUCUGCCCAAGGCCUUGGAGCAGGCAGAGCUGCCUCGCUGCAGGCAGGUGGGGGACCGCGGGAAGCCCUGUGCAUGUCACUACAGCCUGAGCCUGGCCUGGUACCCCUGCAUGCUCAAGUACUGCCACAGCCGCGAGCGGCCCACGCCCUACAAAUGCGGCAUCCGCAGCUGCCAGAAGAGCUACAGCUUCGACUUCUAUGUGCCCCAGAGGCAGCUGUGUCUCUGGGAUGAGGACCUCUAAUGGGGCUGUGAGAAAAGCGGGGUCUGGGGCGCUGCUCAAGGCCCACCUCUCCUCGCCUGGCCACGGCAGUGGGCGGAACCCCACCAGAGGCCUUACAUCCUUUCCAGGCCCUUAGGGGCCCCUUAUGGAGUGACUGCGAAAGGAGGUGCACAGCAGGGGUGACUCGUGAAGGCAGCCCCCAUGCCCACCCUGUGCCUUCCUUGGGGGCAGAGAGGGGCAAAGCAGUUCUCCACCCAUGCACCCCACCCUCCUCAUCUCCCCUGAAGUGUUCAUUUCAAGCAACCAAAAUGUGACAGCCUAGGAUUCUGCUAUGGAACCCAGUAGACUCUAAGCAGGGUCUCUGCCUACUACACCCACCUCCCCACCCACAUCUAGAAGGACCUGGCCCUAUGGCACCUUCUUAACUCGCCACCAGUGGGGGGACUCCUUAGCCCCAAAGAGAGCUGUUGUGGCGCGAGCCAUGGCUGUGUGUGGAGCCAACCAAGAAAGCUGCCACCCCGAGACCCACCGUUGUGCCUUUCCGCUGACCAGGACUUUGCUACCAGAGCCGGCACCAGCUCCUCUUCCCUCUAAACAGAAAUAUUUCUGUAAGGCUCUGGGGCAAGGAGGGAGCAUGAAGUACGAGGAAAACUUGAAUUCCAGAUUUUUAAUACAAAGUAUUUAUCAUUUGUACCAGAAAUAAAAGUUUAAAUUUUUACAUGACUGCUAUGCAUGA